AUGCGAAGGAAGAUACAGCAGGAGAGGGAGCAGCAGCAGAAGGAGCAGCAGCAUCCGGUGCUGCAGCUGCGGUGUAUAGGCACCUCAAAGAUCGCUAGUCAGGAGAAGAUGCGAGAAAAAAGAGGUGCCUUGAGCGCAUCACAGCGGCAGCAACAGCAACAGCAGCAACAGCAGCAGCAGCAGCACAAGCAGCAGCGGCGGCAGCAGCAAGAGUUAACACAACAGCAGCAACACCAACAGACUAAUCCACACCAGAAACAGAAGCAGCAGCAGCAGCAGUUUAGACACCGCAGCAGCAGGUGUUGCUUCUGGGGUUCUGCUGCCGGAUCAGCAGCAACGACAGCAGCAGCAGCAACAGCAGCAGCAGCAGCAGCAACAGCAGCAGCAACAGUAAAAGCAGUCUGUGUGCUGCAGCUCGCCAUGGCCGUCUAUAGAGGCAGCAUCCGGCCCCACGGGGCUGCUGAACUCAAAAUUUGUGUCAUCGGAGAUGAAGACACUGUGGCGGGUUUUUUGAUGGCUGGGAUCGGCAUGAGGGAUGGGAUGGGCCGUACAAAUUUCCUCGUCGUCGACAGCAAGACGAAGCGGCAAGACAUAGAAAGGGCCUUUCAUGAGUUUACGCAUCGCAGCGACGUUGGAAUUGUUUUAAUUAAUCAGCAU